AGCAAUUAGCAAACGUCAAAAAGCCUAGUGGUCAACUCGUACUUGUUUGCGGUUGAAUUACAUUUUUUUUUGUGAUUUCAUCAUAAUUAUAUUAAUACAUAAUGUCCAAUUAUACAGAUUUAGUAAGUAAAAUAGGCAAAGAUAGUUCUAGGGCAGCGUGCAAGAAGUGCGGUUAUGCAGGACACUUAACGUUUCAAUGCAGAAACUUUAUCAAAGUGGAUCCCAAUAAAGAAAUUGUCUUAGAUGUAAGUAGUACAAGUAGCGACAGUGAGGAAGAGUAUGCUACUCCUCUGCAAACAUUAAGAGAAGCGGAAUUAAGACAGAAGUUGCAAGAAAAGUUACAGAAGGCAAAAGAAAAAAAGAAGAGUAAAAAAAGGAAGAGAUCUAGAUCAUCAAGUACUUCCUCAUCAAGUAGCAGCUCAUCGUCCUCAGAGAGCAGUGAUUCGGAUAAAAAAAAGAGGAAACACAAGAAGAAAACAAAAAAGUCUAAAAAAUCACAUAAAAAAAGUAAAAAGUGAUUAGACUAUAAAAAUAGGAUUUCAACGUUUUAGCAAUGUGUUUUAAGUGUUCAAUAAUGAAUUGCCUUUGAAUAAAUGGAUCUGUAUUUUUUCAA